GGAGCCCUGAGGCGGCGACGGCGGCGCCGGGAGCCAGAGCCGGAGCCGGGAGUGAGGCGCAGCGGCCACGGCGGCAACAAGUGCCGGAGCUGAGCCGAGCCGGGGCCAAGCAGAGGCGGAGCCGUCCCGCCGCGGACACCACCCGGCCGCCCAUCGCGGGCGCAACGCAUGGAGCGAGAGCGGCGGCGGUCGCCGGGCUGAGCCGCGCGGAGCGGCCGGGACGUGGAUGCAGCCGCGAUCUCCCGUCCCCGCCCCGCUGAGCAGGAGCUGCUCCCGGACAAGUGGCCCUGAGCUGUUCCUGUCCGAGCCAUGCAUUGACGUGCUAAGCUCCUGCAGAGGGAGGCCUCUCCAGUUCCUGUUCCAGCGGCAGCCAGACUCCCUCCGUGUGCAUGACUCCUUCCGCACCCUCGUUCUCUCUGCACACCAUCCCAGCGGUCUGCAAGAUAUGAGAAAUGAGUGUUGGACGUCGAAGAAUAAAGUUGUUGGGAAUCCUGAUGAUGGUAAAUGUCUUCAUUUAUUUGAUUGUGGAAGUCUCCAAAAGCAGUAGCCAAGAAAAAAAUGGAAAAGAGGAAGUAAUAAUACCCAAAGAAAAGUUCUGGAAGAUAUCUGACCCUCCCAAGGCAUAUUGGAACAGGGAACAAGAAAAGCUGAACAGGAAGUACAAUCCCAUUUUGAACAUGUUAGCCAACCAGACAGGGGAAGCAUACGGAUUUUCCAACAUAAGCCAUCUGAAUUAUUGUGAACCUGACCUGAGGGUCACGUCAGUAGUUUCAGGUUUCGACAGUUUGCCAGACAGAUUUAAAGACUUUCUGUUGUAUUUGAGAUGUCGAAAUUAUUCACUGCUUAUAGAUCAACCCGAUAAGUGUGCAAAGAAGCCCUUCUUAUUGCUGGCGAUUAAGUCCCUUACUUCACAUUUUGACAGAAGGCAAGCGAUUCGGGAAUCUUGGGGCAAAGAAACCAAUGUGGGGAACCAAACAGUGGUGCGAGUCUUCUUACUGGGCCAGACCCCCGCAGAGGACAACCAUCCUGACCUCUCAGAUAUGCUGAAAUUUGAGAGUCAGAAGCACCAAGACAUUCUUAUGUGGAACUACAGAGACACCUUCUUCAACUUAUCUCUGAAAGAAGUACUCUUUCUCAGGUGGGUGAGCACUUCCUGCCCAAAUGCUGAGUUCAUGUUCAAGGGUGAUGAUGAUGUUUUUGUGAACACCCAUCACAUCCUGAAUUACUUGAAUAGCUUAUCCAAGAACAAAGCCAAAGAUUUGUUUAUAGGUGAUGUGAUUCACAAUGCUGGACCUCAUCGGGAUAAGAAACUCAAGUACUACAUCCCGGAAGUUGUUUACACUGGCGUCUACCCCCCUUAUGCAGGGGGAGGUGGAUUCCUGUACUCUGGCCACCUGGCCCUGAGGCUAUACAAUGUAACUGACCAGGUUCUUCUCUACCCCAUCGAUGAUGUUUAUACUGGAAUGUGCCUUCAGAAACUUGGCCUCGUUCCAGAGAAACACAAAGGCUUCAGGACAUUUGAUAUAGAAGAGAAAAACAGGAAUAACAUUUGUUCUUAUGUAGGUUUGAUGUUGGUACAUAGUAGAAAACCUCAAGAGAUGAUUGAUAUUUGGUCUCGGUUGCAAAAUGCUCAUUUAAGUUGCUAAAUUAUGUACAAAACUAAAUUUUGCAUAGAAAGAUGUAUCUCAAAUAGUUCCCAUGUUGUGUUCUCUCACAUUAGAGGUAAUUUCUAUGUAAAACCAUCAAAACUGCCUUUAUGAGUAGUAUCCAUAUGAGGGCCUCUAAACCUUUCAGUGUAGUACUUUCUGAAGAGGGAAAGCAGAAGAUCCUAAUUUUUAUGUAGGAUAGGACAGGACAAAUGGUUAUGACCCUUCCUGCUGGCUAGUGGUCAUUAUUUUCUAACUUGUCCCCCUUGUCAUCUGAAAUCAUGUUUCUGGAAUCUGAUCGUGUUAAGUUAUUUUUGUUUUGCCCUCAUAUGAUGGUAAUCCUAUUUCCCAUUAUAAUGAGUGAAUUAUCUGCAGUUUAGGUAUUCAUAAACCUAUUGGCUACAAAGACACUGUUAUAUAUGACUCAAUGCUUUUUGUGAAAUGGAAUUACAUUUAUUUUCAUGAAAUUUGGAUGAAUUUUUUAAAUAGUCUGGAAAAAUUAACUUCUGUUGAAAUUUCCUGCCGCCCCAACAUUUCCUUGGGUUAAUCUAAUCAAUCAGUUUUGCAAAAUGGGAAUCACCGUGUGACAUUCAUCCAGUUUAUCUUGUUAUGGUCUUUUGGUCAUAAUAAUGAGAAAGCUUAACUAUCUUGUAUUUGGUUUGCUGGGUGGUGUCAUGAUAGUUCUCUCUUUUUUAGUAUUUGAAAAUAAUGAGUAUGAUUCCAUAAUCUUCAAACUGAAGAUUGAAUUGACCCUGGUAACCAUAUUGUGUUUAUGAUUUUGCAUUGUGGACCAGGAAAGCAUAUGUAACUUUUGAACUUUAAGUGAAAAGAUUGAAGUUGCAGACCUUUUUAUCAGUGGUUUGUCAGUUUAAAACUGCAGAAUUCUAUUCUUGCCAACAUGAUUAUGUGUUGCUUAUAUAUAAUUAUUAUCCUGAGUAGUGACUGCUUUCCUGUCUCAGUGUAGAAGUGCCUGUGUUUUUAUUUAUUGUUCAGAUCAAAUACCAAAACAUUUUCUUAAAUAUAUUUUGUGUAAUAUUUUAUUUGUAUACAGUGUUGUUGAUGAAUUAUUUAACUAGAGCAUGGUAUUUUAAGUAGGAAGUAUAACAUAUGUUAAAUAAAGUUAAUUGUUAUUUUUGAAUUAAAAAUUUUGGGGGGGGAUAUGAAAUAGAAUUCUGCCAAACUGUUGCUUAUAUAUACUGUCUUGUAACAUGCUUUCUUGAGACAUUUUUGUGUUAUAGAUAUGAAGAUUCUUACCAGAUGUGAUUCUGGGGAUUGUAAGAAGAUGGAAAUAAAGUCACCAUAUUUUUAAUUGUCACG